AUGCUAACAAAGAGCGAAAUUUUAGACAAUUAAUUUUAAAACAAAAAUAUUUAGUAGAAUCUUAAGCAAUAAAAAUGCGCUGAAUAUUUGAAGAAGAUUAAUAGUUUUCUUAUGGUUUGCAUCGUUUUUUUUGUUGGAUUAUUAUCUUUAAAUUAAUAAGAAUAUGUCUUGGGUAGUAUAAUUAUGCUUUCUAAUAUAUUUUCUUUAAUCUUCCACUAACUUUUACAAAAGUAUGGAAAAAAUGACUAAAAUAGAGAAUUUAAUUUAAGUAAGCUAAAGAUUAAUGGACGCCUAAAGUUAUAGCUCAUUUUAAUUAUUUCCGCUGGAAAUUUUGCUACUAUUUGUGUAUCAAUAUUUGAGUUUCUAAUAAAAAUAUAAGAUAAUUAUUAUUAAGCCAUUAAUGCUACUCUUUUCCUUUAGGUCUAUCUGAUAGCAGUUUUAUAAAAAAUAUAGCAACUAAAAAUCGCUUUUUCUUGGAUUGUGUUAAUUAUUUUGGGAAUUAUACCUGAAGGUUUAGCUGUAAUUAAUAAAGAAUAAAAGCUUCUUUAUGCUAACCCUACUCUCAAAAAAAUAUUGAAAUCUAAUAAAAAGACUGAAGUUCUUUAAAUAUUACUAAACUUAGGAAACUAGAAAGUAAAGUAUGAAUAAGCAAUAACGAAUAAGCCUAGUUCUAAAAAUAUAAAAACUUAAGAUUAAUAAAAUAAUUCUUAAGCUAAAGAUAAAGAUAAUAAUAAGUAAAGUUAAUAAUCUAUAAAAUAGGAUUAAAUUUAAUAGACUUAAAAGGGUAUUGAAUAAAAAGAUUUACAAAUAUAAAUUAAUAGUUAAAAUAAAAGUGAAAUUUUGAGUUAAAAAAUUCAUUUAGUUAAUGAUAAAUUGUAAAGAGAUGAAAACAAUGCAUUGAUAGCUUAAAAUUAUGACUAAUAAGAAGGCCUAGAAAGUUAUAAGAGUAAAUAAAAUGAUUUUAGCAUUAUUAAUUAAAAUAUAGAAGUUAAAAUGUCAGAUUCAAGUAGAUUGAAUAGAGAAUCCUAAAGACUGCUAAAAGAGCCAUCAUAAUAAAUAAAUAUUACCAAUCUAGCGUCAUUUAAUUCUUAAAAUAAAAACUUGUUAAAUAUUAGCUAAUUUGGAAAUUAAGAUGAAGAUUCGCAUCAUGGAAGGUUGAGGUCACUAAGUUAAAAUAGGAAAAGAGAAUAUUCGUUGUAUUCUUUUCAUUCUUUAAAGGUAUCCAAUAAAGUUAAAAAGUCAAUAAGAAGAGAAAGCUCAAUUUAUUAAGGAAAAGGAAAAUCUCAAAUGAACAAACAAAAUACAUUAUAAAGUGCAAAUUUUGGUUAAAGUGAGCAAAGUGAUAUAAUUUCAUACAAAGGAUUUGGUAUUUAACCUGAAAAGUUCAACUAACAAACUGAUUAUUUUGAAGGAACUAUCGAUGAGUCAACUAAAAACAUGAAUUUUGAAAUGAAAGAAUCAAAAUUUUAAAAAGUGUAAAAUAUGCCUGAAAUAAUGCAAAAUUCCAUUAAUUCUUAUAAAAAGUAAAAUUCUUAUGGACUUUCAAUGAAUUAUAGUUCUUAUUAAAGGAAUAAUUCAUUUCAAAGAAAGAAAUAUAAUCUGCAAGGUAGUUUAAAGUCAAAUAAAAUACUCUAAAAGCAAUAACAAGCCUUAAAUCCAACAAAUAAUAUUAAUUUGAAUAUGAAUGAAUCUUAAAAAGUUAAUAAACUUGAAAAACUUAUUAGUUAAUAGUUAUAAAGGAAUAGCAAAUUUAUGCAAUAGUCAACUAAAUCAAUCAAUUUACUUAACAAAACUUUAUUAGAUUCAAAAAUUUAGACUGAUAGAAAUUAAAUAAAACAAUAAAAUUUCAAGCUCAAGGUUAAAUUUAAAAAAAGCUAAACAGCAAAUAACGAGCAAUAGGGAUAAAUUACUUAUAAAAAAACAGAUGUUAAAAGAAUAAUCGAAAAUAUGCUUGAAUAAGACUCUUAAGUCAAAAAAGAUCAAUCAAGUCAAAAGUUUACUGAUUAAGAAAAAUGUUCUAAAAACAACUCUAAGCUCAAUAUUAAUGAUAAUUAAAAAGUAGAUUAAAACUAUCAAAAGUAAACUUCCUUUUCUAAGUGUGUAAAAAAUUAAAAUGAAAAUGACUUAAAUUACUUUUAGCAAACAGAUACGAAGGCUAAAAUGCAAGUUUAAUUUCAGGACUAAGAUUUGAUUUUAGAAUUUUUAUAAGUUGAUGCCUUAGUUUCUAACGAAAAAAAAGACCCGUUAGUUUUGAUUAUAGUUUAAGAUUUAUGGAAAGAUUUGUAUUAAAAAAAAGUCUAGGAUACUUAAAAAGAUAAGAUGAGAAUUUUUGCAAGUUUAUCCCAUGAACUGAGGACUCCUCUAAAUUGUUCUAUAUCUAUGCUCGAAGUUAUCAGAGAAAAUGUUGAAUAAAUCAACCCUGAAUUAAUAGAAGAAUAUCUGAAUCCAGCUUUAUUUUCGAAUAAACUUUUACUCAAUUAAAUUAAUGAUUUACUUGAUUAUGUUUAAAUGGAUAGUGGAAAGUUUAAGUAUUCCUUUUAUGAUUUUAAUGUUACUAACUUAUUUAAUGACUGCAAAAAAUUGAUCAGUAUGCAAGCUAAGCUGAAAAAUAUAGAAAUUAUAAUUAGUAUUGGUAAAUAGGUCCCAGAAAUGAUUAGCUCAGACCCAAAUAGAAUACGUUAAAUACUGUUAAAUUUUCUGUCUAACUCACUUAAAUUUACCAAGAAAGGAUACAUAGAAAUAGGAAUUACACUAUUUGAUAACAAAAAAGGUUUGUUAAAGGUUUAUGUCAAAGAUACUGGAAUUGGAAUAACAAAAGAGAAUCUAGACACAAUCUUUGAUUUUUGUGGAAAAGUAAAUUAUAAUUAAAAAGAUCAGCAUUUAAAUAGACAAGGAUGUGGUCUAGGUUUGACAAUAUCAAACUCUAUUGCUAAAGGUUUAGUUAAAAAUGGAGAGGAUGAUGGAGGGAUAAAAGUAGAAUCAGAUUAUGGACAUGGAUCUACCUUUAGUAUUUUAAUUUAAGAUAUGUCUAUAAAUUAACAAAAUCAAAAAGAGGAUAAUACUUAAAACACUCUUAAUAAUAAUACAAUCUUAGAAAAAUUUUCAGAAAAAUAAUUUUAGAACGAAGAUAAUCAAAUUUAUAGUUAAAAACAAUAUUCCUAUUCUGUUAAAAGUAACUUCAAUUAAUAGGCUUAGAUUGAAGAUUUAGCAAUAAAUAGGUAGAGUAAAUAGAGGAUUACUCCAUAAAUUGAUUUUGUUUACACAUUAAAUGAAAAUAGCAAUAGUUUCUUGAGCGAUAAUUCAAAAUAAUACAUGAGAAAUGAUAUCAAUAAGAAUAGUAGUUUUACUAAUAACAUCAGUAAAAUUGAAGAAAUUCAGGAAGAGUAGAUAAUUUAAAUUUAAAAUAAUAAGAAAAACUAAAACAUAAUAGAUUCUUCAGUAAUAAUUGAGUAUGAGGAUGAUAACAAAAAAGAAAUAAAAAUUAAUUCUAAUUUGAAGAUCAGAAAUUACUAUCAAAGAUUUGAAGAAAUGGAAGAAAAAAAUAAAUAAAUUGAAAUAAAUAAACCUUAGAGCUUGGAAUUUGACUUCAAAAAUAUUGGUCAAUCUCAUUUGGAAAACCAAGAACAUUUUUUCAAUUAAAAUAAUUACAGUAAAUAGAAAUUAUAAAAAUCGAAUUAAAAUUUAAAAAAUUAAAAAAAUAAAUAAUCUCCAAUAAAAAUCCAAAAUUUUGAUAAUAGAGCAUUUAAUUUCAGAAGCUCUAGUGAUAUUUUUGAAAAAACUGACAGAAUUCAUAGCUUUUAAAAUGAAGAAGAAGAGGGACUCCCUCAUCAAUAUUCUGAAUUAAAUUCAUUAGAAAGAAAUUCUAGGAAUUAUUUUAGCAACUUGUACACAAAAGUAAAAACAGCUAACACUGGGACGAUGGAUAAAUUAGAUAGAUCUGCUAAAGAGUAAGAAGGCUUUACUUCUUAUGUAGGUCUUAGUAGAUUUUUAGACGCAUAGUUAUCUCAGUAAAAGAUAUCCUCAUAGGUUUUUGAUAACUACGAAGAAUAAAUUAAUACAAAUAAAGAACUUUAAUAUAUUUAAGAGGCCUCACAGAAUUUUAAUAACAUAGAAUCUAAUCUUGAUCCUUAACAGACUAUAAAUCUUAUCAAAGAAUUAAACUAGAUAUAAAGAAAAUGUGGAUGUCCAUAGUUUAUGAUUGUUGAUGAUAAUUAAUUUAAUACCUAUGCUCUCUCUAAAAUUCUAGGCUAGUAUUUUUUUACUUUUUAAUGCUUAUCUGAUGGUUUUUCAGCAAUUGAGGAGGUACAGUCUCUUUACUAAAAAAGCUGCUGUAAAGCUCCCAAAAUUAUAUUUAUGGAUAUAGAAAUGCCAAUGAAAAAUGGCUAUGAAACAGCUGUUGAAAUAAAUUAAUUUUAUGAAUAAGUAGCUUUACCUGUUUAGUAUCAACCAAUUAUUAUCGCUUGCACUGCUUAUGUAGGUUAAGAAGAUGUAGACGCAGCAAUGUAAUCAGGAAUGAAAGAUUUUAUAAAUAAACCAAUUCUAAAAAAUGGAUUAGAAUCUUUAAUUUUGAACUGGAAAAAUAAAUUUUUAUGA